GCUUUAAAUAGGUAAAUCCUCCUCCUCUGCUGCGGGAGUCUCCUUUUUUUAAAAAAAAAUCUCGCCGCGUCACCGGGAUGCAGUUGCGGGAGCCCGGCUGCUAAACCUGCUAUUCACCACCAAAUUCACCGGGAAGGACCACCAAAGAUGUCAUCUUCAUCAACAACGAACAACGCUCGCUUUCUGAUGUUCUUCGACUUCGAUGAGACGAUCAUCAGCGAGAACAGCGACGACACUGUGGUGAAUCUCUUGCCAAACCAGCAGCUUCCCAGUUGGCUCCUAGACAGCUACCGGGAGGGGCACUACCAUGAGUUCUCAGGAAAGAUAACGGCCUACUUGGCAGAUCAGGGCGUUACCAAGGACGCCCUGCUGUCAGCAGUGCAGAAGAUCCCACCCAAUCCGGGCAUGCUGGACCUCUUCUGCUUCCUGCAGAGCCACCAGCAGGACUUUGAGCUGGUGGUGGUCUCCGACGCCAACACCAAAUUCAUUGAGACGUGGCUGGAGCACAACAGGCUGGGUCACCUUUUCCGGAGGGUCUUCACGAACCCCUCCCACUUUGACGACAGCGGCCGACUCGUGCUCCACCCGUUCCACUCGCACUCCUGCCCGCGUUGCCCCGACAACAUGUGCAAGCAGGUGAUCCUUCACGAGUACGUGGCGGGCCGGGAGAAGGAGCGAGGCGGCAUCGGCUUCCAGAGGGUGUUUUAUGUCGGCGACGGGUCCAACGACGUGUGCCCCACUCGGGCCCUGGGACCCCAGGAUACCGCCUUCGCCAGGAGGGACUACCCCAUGCAUAAGCUGAUGAUGGAGAUGCAGCAGUCAGAGUCCACCAAGAUAAAAGCAAACGUUGUUCCCUGGGUCACCGGCGCGGAUAUAGAGGACUAUCUAGGAAACAUAAUGAAGGAGAGAUGACUUUCUCUGGGGUUUUUUUUCUUUUUAAGUGUUAGGGAAAACAGGAAAGGUGAGAAAACAUUUGCAAUUUGCAGCAAAUUUAGAUAAAAUCAACAGAAAGUUUCUAGGUAUUUAAAAUUCACAUGAUCAGUAAUCAAAAAAUUCACUUUUUACCUUUUGUUUUAGCUUUUGAAAGUACUUUUAAAAAAUUUUAGAAUAAAGGGAAACCAGAUGUGCUUUUGAACAGAAUGUAAAGCUCCCAAUUUAAAGCUACAGUGUGUAACAUUUAGGAAAGAAAUUUGUUUUCUACAUAUUUGUUAAAAUUAUCAUGUCGGGACAAUAUAAUAUAAUAUAGACAAGUGAAAAAUUUAGCUCUUUUGCCUUCUCCCUGUAUUAACUACAGAAGUAAGAAACAACCAAUCAGAAAUUGGAGGAGGCUCUUAGCGCUGUCAAUCACUCUUGUGAUAAGGAAGUGCUUUCUCUUUGCUUAGCUAUAGCUGGUUAAUAUAGCUUUCCACCAAUGCUAAAGCUAGUCAGCAUAGCCACCAAUGACAAAUAAAUGAUGACUUCCACCAUUAGCAUGUUGAGCAGCCUACAUGAGAUUGAUUGACAGCGCUAGGACCCGCCUCCUGGCUCUGAUUGGUUGUUUUUGCAGACCGCAAUAGCAGCUCAGGGAGAUUAUUAGUCUCAUCACGAUGUGGUGACAGCUUUAAUAAAUAUGGAAAAAACAUAUUUUUGUAAAGGUUACAUACUGCAGCUUUAAUAACCUCAAGAGUAAAAGCAGUUUUUUAUGAAAAAUAUUGAAUUUCCGACAGCAGGUGAGUUUUAUCCAGCUUCAACACCUUGUUGAAGGUUUGACAAUAGUUACACGCGUCGGAUGUAGCGAGGGACAAAAGACUGGCGGUUUCAUCAGGCAGGGA